AUGCGUAUGUAUAGCUGCCCAAAGUCUCAAGAUAAUACAGGCAUACGCAAUGCUUCUCCUGCAGUGAGAAAUCCUUGUCGACGUGAUCGAUCUUUCUCCCCGAUAUCAACUGUAAAAAAUAUUCUUAAAGGCGUCGAAAGCCAUGUAAGGGUGAUGUCUUAUCUGGAAAAUGUAUCCACCUCUUCUAGCUACACUGCGUUGCGUUUACGCCAUCCCGUGGAUCACGUCGCCAAUCUUCGAGAGGAUACCCCGACAAGGACGACAGGUGCCGAAAGGGAUGCAUCAUCGUCAUGGUCACGGCCCUUUACCGUAUCAAGAGUCCACCGAGACACCACCACUCAGGUGUUCUAUGAUGACGUCAUCGCUCCUUGUAUCUCAAAUUGUUGCUCUGGCCAGUGCUAUCUUUUUCUUGUGUCGGGCCCCCAGGAAAGCGGCCGCAGCCAAACUAUGUAUGGUAGCCCACAUCGCCGCGAAAAAGGUCUUGUGGAGCUUGCCGCAUUGGACUUUCUUGCGCGUAUUUCUGCAUGUGAAAAGACUGCCUUCCAAUUUCAGCAACAACAAGAGUCCGUGAUGAACAAAGUUAAUUUGAAUGGGUAUCAAAAAAACAGCGCAACGGAAAAUAAGGAAAACGUAAGCACAACAUUUAGUCCGCAAGAUUCCAACAUUGGCGCUGAUUAUUACAGUGGUGGACUUGUCGUAACUUUCUCAGCCUUUACAACCCGCGGGUCAAACAUGGUGGAUACAAUCACUGGGGAGCCCGUUCAGAUACAUGAGUUUCCACCUCCACUUGGCUCCGUUCCACUUCCCUACAUGCGUCUUCUAGAGCCGUUGCUUGGAGUCGACCCUGCGAAUUCGAACAGCAAAGAGCAUGAAGCAGGCGAAGCGGCUGCGCGGGUGGUGGUCAUACCAGAACGUAAGCACAUUGAGACCUCAUGUAUUAUUCAGUUCCAAGUGUACGCCCCCGUGGACGGCAGCGGCAGGCGAUCCAUGUCGACUUUGACGUUUGUCGACAUGGCUGCUUUCCGCACACCGCUGUGCUCGGAGGUGGCUCACGUUGUAGAGACGGUACGUCGUGUGGCAGGGCUCUCCGACGAGGGCGACCCCAACUUCAAGAGCCACAAGCUCACGACGCUGCUAGAGCCUGCCUUGGUAGGCCACGUCACACUUGUGUCCAUCAGCACCAUUUGUGGACGCCCAGACUUGUACGAAUCUACCUGCGCAGCGCUACAGUUCGCCAACGACAUCACGCGUAUCCACCAGGUCUUAAUGCUUCUCCAUUCGCAGACCCCGCGUUGGCUGUUUGAGACCGGUGUGAAUUUGGAGAGGCUGCGACAGCAGCGUGACCGGAUGAUGCGCGCACAUUAUGCACGUGGAGUGAGCGAUUUUUACCAUACUGUCUCAAAUUGGCUUCUCAACAAUGUGGGCAACGUUGGAGAUGCCCUCGAAGAAAUUCUAGUUGAAACAGGCGUCAUUCGAAAACAAAUAUUAGCUGAAGUCGAAGCACAAACAAAAGAACUUGAUAGCCGAGUUCAACAUGAAGGGACGGCAUCAAAGCAAGAAAUGGAUGCUGCCCGUGAUGCAUAUAACACAACCUCAGAGCGAUUUGGGGAGGUUCAACGGUUGGAUGAGGCGAUCACUCGAUUAGAGCAGGAUAUAUCUCACAUAGAUUUACAAAAUGGUCACCGCAUUGGAGAAAUACGCAUCGAAAUAUCAUCAUUAGAGACCAAGACUAAUAAUCUUCGGCUUGAGGUUCAGCGGAUGGAAAAGGAAAAAAAUCUGUACCACGAUAAGUGGGGCGAAUUAUGCUCCGUACUUGACAAAUAUGCCGAUGAUUUCAGCUGUGAUAUGAAGAUCUACAGCUCGACACUCCUCCUUGAGAAGAUUGGCCAAAAGCGUAAACGGUUGGAGGAAGAUUUAGAACUAGCUUCUCAAGUAGCUCAUCAACACACCGAUCACCUUCGAGUAGAUCGACAGCGACGCUCUCGGCUUUCGCGGAUGAUGGUGAUGCAGCAGCGAGUUGAAUCCCUUAUUGAGGCGGUACACUCGGCCUCUGUGGGUUCCCCAUAUAGUCGCUUAGCUUCCCGAAACUAA